GAACGCGAGAUAGCGGGAAAGAGGGUAGGAGAACCAGAAAACAAUUCUCAAAGCUCGGGAUAAGCUACUUCAUCAUCAUCAUCAUCAUGUGUUCCCUCUCAGUCUCCAGUCUAUUGCUGCACUUGCUAUUCAUCAUGAGGAGGACCUGUGCUUUCCAGGACAGCAUCAGACAACUGAACACGGAGUUUGCUCGAAACCUUUACCAAAAACUGACAGAGGGUGAAGAAUACCGCAACAUCGUCAUAUCCCCAGUAGGUGUCACUGUUGCACUUGAACUGCUACAGUUGGGAGCCAAAGGAAACACCUUCAAGCAAUUGGAAAGUGCAUUAGGAUAUACUGUUCACGACUCACGAGUACGACAUUUCUUGCGGAGUAUGUAUGGGGACCUAACAAACUCUACACACACUCCAGCAGUUCAGCUGGCCUGUGGUCUCUUCUUGGAAUCCAGCAUCCAGAUUUCUCCACAUUUCUCAGAAGAUACUGGGGUCUGGAUAAACGGAAGCUUACAACGGGUGAACUUCAGCAAUCUGAAUGAAACGGCAACACUGAUAAACAAGUGGGUCAACACCAAGAGUCGAGGUGAAAUUAAAGAUUUUAUGUCACAGCCAAUAGCAAGUCCAUCGCUUACACAAAUUGCUGUUAUCAGCACAAUGUAUUUUAAAAGCACAUGGCAGAAUCCCUUUUCACUCUCAGAGACCCAACACCUCUCAUUUACCAAAGCAGAUGGUUCUGUCAUUAAAGUGCCCAUGAUGUAUCAAACAUCAGCAGUAAACUAUGGCCAGAUAAAGACUGGAAGCAACCAGAGGUUUAUAGUGGUUGAACUCGGCUAUCUAGAACAUGCAGUAAGCAUGCUCAUCAUCAUUCCCAGUGAAAAGAAAAAACCCAUCUCCUCUGUAGAGCCUCACAUCACAGCUCACACACUUUCGACAUGGACCAAUAGCAUGAGAAGAAUGAAAAUGGAAGUUUUCUUACCUAAGUUUAAAGUGCAAAAUAAGUUUAACCUCAAGACGGUGCUGACCACUUUGGGAAUCACUGACCUCUUCAGUCCCAGUAAAGCAGACUUCAGUGGAAUUUCUGAGCAGGAGAAACUCUUUGUUUCUGAAGCUAUCCAUGAAGCAAAAAUAGAAGUGACAGAGGAUGGCACCAAAGCUGCAGCUGCUACAGCUAUGGUUUUACUGAAAAGGUCUCGAGCCCUUAAAUUUAAGGCUGACAGACCGUUUUUCUUUAUACUGCGGCAUGCCAACACAGGAAGAAUUCUUUUCAUGGGUCGAGUGAUGGAUCCUCUUGAAUAAACUCAUUCGGAAGUUUUGUUUUUGCAUUUUAAAUUUAGAAAUAAGAUUUCUGGCCUUUUGGAGAAAUUUCUAGACCUUUGUAUUUAUUAACAAUCUUUCUCGUCAAUUUAAAUAGCAAAUAACAGUCUAGCUGAAAGAGGGAUUAUAUAUUUACUAUACAGAUGUUCUGUUAUAUAAAUUUUGUGAGACAAGCUAAGCUUGUAUGCAUUUAUACAUCCAUCCUUAUUUAAAAUGACAGCAUUGUAAUGUUAAAGAAUGCAGCUAACAAGAAUGCACAGAACAUAAUAGGUUCCGUGAAUAUUAACAUUUUGGCUGAUCACUCCCCUGCUUUUUCAACACUUGUUCAGGUGUAAGUGCUAUUGACGUGCAACAAGGAGUAAAAUCACCAUGGGAAUUUUACAUUGUUAAUACAUUGUAUGUCAUUCCCUCCAACACACACUUCACUUUAAACAU